AUGUCUGACCCAAUAAACACCAGCUCGCUUGAGUCCCGCUCUGUGCCUGUCCAGGUUGAUGAGACUCUGGAAGGCCGGGCCGAUGCCAAUCUUGACACGGCCGGGAAGGCCCAAACGAUAGGACGGGCCUCUCGACCCCCAAAUUUGACCUGGAACCAAAUGCAGCAAGUCAAUAAGGACCAGUAUGAGGAGGACCAAAUUUCGAGACCGGGAAAUUCAAGUAACGGUCCCGUGUCACCUAUAUCGCCCAGUAGCUCUGAAGUCUUGCGAACGCCCAAUAUUUCGGCCAGACCGAGACAUACAUAUAAACAUCCCUCUUCCCCUGGAGCAACAUCAACCUUGCCCCCUCGCCUUCAUUCUCCCGCCUCGCAGAUAUUCGAGAGAAGCGUACAAGAAGAUAUGCUGCCAUCACAAGCCUCGCCCUCGAUCCCCGCGCAUAUACGCACGGAGAACUAUAUCCCAUCAGUCCUGGAAGCUUCAUCGGCCGCCAUCACAGAUGAACAAUUGGAUCCAGACUCUGUCGAAAUUGUCACACAUAGCCUCCACCAUCCUGCUGCAGCAGGUAUCACCCCAGGCUCCACCGCAGAUCAAUCUUUGGCAUCCUCCGGCAUUGUUGAUCAGAUACCAGCGCAAUCGCCUGAUGCCGAAGAAGUUUCAUCGACCUAUGGUGCUCUGGAUACAAAUGACGUGCGACGCUUAAGCUUCAUAUCGUUCGCUGAUGUCGUCAAUGCUGAGCAUGCCGAGACUGGUGAAUCCGUUUAUAGUCGAGAACUUUCGCAAGGUACCCCUGCCACUGGAAGUUUCUUUGCAGGGCAUAACCGCUCCCCUUCUCCAUUGCGCUCCCCUGCCUCAUCACACGCGCUUGGAACGUCCCCUCCAACUAGUAUCGCGACCUCUUUCAAGGGUCUCGAGAUGUCACCUAAACACGGGCCUCGCGCCCCUGGUAGUCCCUUUGCAAUAGCCCAUAGCCCAGUUUCCUCGAGCUUCGGAGGAGAACUGAAUGUAGAAACGAUGGGCCAGGCGCUACGGAGGACGGGCAGUGGUGACCUGGGGGGAGUUGCAAGUCAGACAGCAAGCGCCUUUGGAAAUGAUGAGCCUCUAGACCGGUCAUUUUAG